AGCUCAUUUAGUAUUUAUAAAUGAAUAAAUGUUUUUAUAAUUCAGUUUCUACCCAACCACCAUUUGAUAUUUUCUAUUAUCGUUAUUGCUUGUUAAAUAAUAUGAGUAGGUAUAAACCUAGGUAGUCGGUUUUUCGAUGCCUUAAUUUGGUUUCUUCAGACCUUGCUACAUCGACAAAAAAUUAACCUUUUUAUAGUUAGUCCUGGCACGGAAAUAUAAAUACGUAUAUAUAAAGUAUUUGGUGAAGUAAAUCUGUGUUCAGUUUUGCCUGUGUCAACAUUUUCAAUCUAAAGUUACGUUACCAAGUUUUACCCAAUCAUUUCAAAACUAUACAAAUGGAAAGCAAUUAUUGGAUAUUGCUAAUUAAAAAUGUGAUAAGAAAAUACUGUAAAACAGAUUCCAAUCAUAAUACUAUAAAAAUGUCCGAAAUAGAAACGAGUUCAAUUUCUUCCGAUUACCCAGAGUCGAAGGUGAACACUGAGAAUAACGAUUCUCAAAUACUGAUUUGCAAUAUUGUUAAUGAUCUCAAAUCCAAUGACGAUAACGAAGACUUUGUGACAGAAAAAUUGAACAAUAGCAUUUCUAAAAUAAACAAUACUGAUGGACAAGCAUUGAGGACGAUGGAUGAAAACGACAAUGAAACCAGGCUUCCAAAACUCAUAAUCAAGCCAAACGUUGAUCAGACGUGUUUUGUCAACGACUUCACCAAAGCAAAAACCCCAGUAGAUGAUAAAAACUCAUCAACAUUCGUGAUUACAAAUCACCAUGAAAAGAGUAGCAAUCGCCCAAUGUCAACUUACAAACAAAAACAACCAAUAAUGGGCAAAACUGCUUUACUCAAAAAGGCAAAUAUUGACCCUGACUCACAAAUCAUACAAGGAAUCAUUCUCAACAAAUACGAAGACGUACUAAACCACUACGUCCACCGGAUGUACAAGAGAAGGAUAUCGAGACUCAGCAGCUCAGAAGACGAAUUCAGCGAUACGCUGAGUUCUCCCCAAAUGAACUACUCCCCCUCGAGUGUCAGUUCUAUUGGCACUCCUGGAAGUUUUGCGAAUGCGACUAAUAGAUUCGAGUUUCCAGAUCGUGAAAGCUUGUGCCAGGCUGUCCCGAACAGGUUCAGGUUUUUGAUGUCUACAGAUGACAUCAAUGUUGAAACGACUGCUGAGGAGCUGAAUGAAUCUUCGUUGAUUUCUUCCGAUCUCGGAAAUACGGUAUCGAUGACGAGCGUUUCUGAGUAUGACCCCAAGAAGUUUUUGGAAAAUGCUCUAGGAGAGUUGACGAGCUUGUCUGAAUCAGGAAUUUGCAAUGAUUCGUCGCCCAGUGCCAAUAAUCAACAAUGUGAACAGAGUAUUGGAUCAUCCAAUUUAUCCGCUCUGCUAUCCAAAGCCGGUUCUUUCUGUUCAUCAGUGAAGAAAAACAUUAGAAGACGGCGUUCCAGUCUAAAAACUGUUUGUCUUCUGGAAAACAUGAACUCCCACUCUCCUGAAAUCAAACAGUUAUUGGAAACUUGUAAAAAGGAGCUUUCAAUGCAAAAUGCUAUAAUGUUCCAAAUAUCAAAAGCACUGAACUAUUGUCGGUCGUCCAAAGAAUUUGAUUCUGGAAAAGAGCAUAUUGAGGCAGAGAAAAUUCUUUUGGUUGCAACUAUCACAAAAGAAGUAUUAAUCAACGAAAUCAACAGCAUAGAAUUCAAUACCUAUCAGAACAACUUCGAUCCGAGGUGUUCAGGAGAAAUCAAUCUACAGAAUCUAAGAUUUCACCUGAAGAAAAAUAAUUCCAUGGAGUCUCAUCAGAAUACUAGAGAGUAUUUUCUGGUAGUGGUGACAUGUGGCAAAGCUGUGAUUUCUAGUGAAGUUGUAGAAGAAAUAGGUGGCACUGUUCUCAUUGAAAAAUCAUUCCAAUUCAGGAAUCUGCUUGCUGACUUUGAAAUUGCCCUCUCCAUUUAUUCAAUGACUGUUAGAGGUCGAGUUCAUUCAAACCAGGAUAAUGUGAAAUGCCCUUCUCCAAAAAGCAUAUUCAAAUGCUCCAAAGACUCUAAAAAAAUCAAAAUUGCUAGUACCCUGUACAUAGAACCAUUGGCCUUCACCCUUUUAGGAAAAUGUCUGAUGAGAAUAUCUGAUUUAUCAAAAAUUAACCCCAACAAUGAAUCAACCAUGAAGUUAUGCAAUGUCUCUCCACACGCUUCCUUAUCCGAAAACUUCACUCUUAAAAUGGAUUAUAAAUUCAGCCUCGCCACUAGAGUUGGUGGAUUUUUAACUGUAGGAACGGAGAAUGGAAAUGUGUGCACAACUUGGAACCGAAGGUGGUGUGUCUUGGAAUCGUACAUUUUAAAAUACUGGAACUAUCCUUCGGAGGAAGUAUCCAGCCCUUUAGGCAGCAUAGAUUUACGGUGUUGUCUGGUGCAAAGCAUAAGCCCAGCUAAUAGAAGUAUAUGUGCCAGAUCGAAGACACUUUUUAUGCCGGUGCAGCACGGAACUGAUGUGAAGAAAUAUUUACUAUGUGCUGAUAGUGCGGCGGAUAUGAAUAUUUGGGAGAAGGAACUGAAUUUCGUUCUACAGUCCCUCAUGAUUUGGAAUGGGAUGGAGUGUAGAACAUAA